GGAAAGUGGAGAGCAAUUGGGAGAGAGAGAUCGAGAGGAGCAGGCGGAGGAGGAGGAGAGAGAGAGAGAGAGCGAGCGAGCGGGAGAGAGAGAUGAGGCUUGCGGACCUCCAGGACAAGAAGUUCGUGGAGUGAGGAGGAGUGAGGAGUGAGGAGGAGGAGGAGCGCCCGAGAAAGGACAACGAGCAUUUGGGCCAAAAUGAUGAAUGUGCAUGCAUAUAGAAAUUGCUGCGCUGCUUUGUGUGAGCAGCAGAGUCAUUUGGCUACAAGUUCGAGGACCUCGAGUAGUCUUGCGCUGCAGCAGAGUUGGCGUCAUGGAGCCCCGGGUUUCUCCCGAGCUCCCUCCGUCCAAGGAGCGGGGCUAAAGUCAGACUUGUGGUCGUCUGGUUUGGACUGGCGGGAGUCCGUGCAGACUUUUAGUAAACGCAAUACGAAGGUUGUGGUAACUGUCAUGCAAUCACGGCAGGACCUUACGGGCAAAAAUGUUGUUGUCGUGGGGCUCGGAGCAUCUGGAAGAGCAGCAGUGAAGCUUGCUUUAGCGCGUGGAGCAACCGUGGUGGCCGUGGACAGCAACCCAAACACCCUUCCAGUCGAGGUGGACCUCCACCCUGCCGCCGUGAGUAGACUUCGGACUGAGUUCGGUCCACACAAUAGGGAAACUUUGUUCGGAGCGUCUCAGUUGGUGCUGUCACCUGGUGUUUCUGCAUCGCAGCCUGACAUUGCUGCAGCUAUUCAAGCGGGAGUACCUGCGCUGUCUGAGCUAAGCUUCGCAGCAGCAGCUCUUCCAAAGAGCAUCCAACUUGCUGCUGUGUCAGGAACGAAUGGGAAGUCAACUGUCACCACGUUUGCUGGGCAGAUACUCCGGCACGCAGGCGUACGAACAUUCGUAGGUGGAAAUUUGGGCACUCCCCUCUCAGAGGCUGCCUUACAAUGUCUCGCUUUUCCAGCGAAUGAUCCUCCCUAUCAUGCAGCGGUUGUCGAAGUCAGCAGUUAUCAAAUGGAACGUGCAGGAAUGUUUCGACCGAAGGUUGGUGUGAUUCUUAAUCUUACACCUGACCAUCUAGAGAGGCACAAAACCAUGGAAACCUAUGGAAAGAUGAAGUGUCGCAUUUUCGCUCAAAUGGGUCCUGCGAAUCUUGCUGUCAUACCACAAUCCGACACGUUUUUGAGAAAGUUGGCUGCUGAGUCUGGUAGCAAAGGAACACGCGCUUGGCUUGGAGGCCUUCCAGGUGUGCAGCUUGACAGUCAAGGACGACGUGCGUUCAUAUUAGUGCCUACCACUGGAAUUCAAGCUGGACUUUACUUGUCUUCUAUGAAAGCUGUUGGUCUGCAUAAUGCACACAAUGCUGGAAGUGCUGCGCUCAUAGCGUUGGCUCUGGUGGAUUUUGGUGUGAGCGAGGAGUCCAUUCAAUCAGUUUUGCCAACACUCCAGCCGCCUCCUCAUCGUAUGGAAGUGGUUCAUCAGGAUGAACAGGAGAUUUUGUGGGUUAAUGAUAGCAAAGCCACAAACGUUGAUGCAACUUAUGUUGGAAUCAAGGGCAUAGUUGGGCGGAAAGCUGUUAUCCUUAUUGGAGGCCUUGCAAAGGUUCUGGCUGAAGGAAAUCUUGGAUUCGAACGACUUGGGGAAGUUUUGAAUUCACAUAGAGCGGUAAUUCUGUUCGGUGCGUCGGGAGAGCAGAUCGAAGAGGAGUUGAGAGCCGCAGCCAUCUCCGUCCCUUGUGUCCGGGCUGAAAAUUUGAAAGAUGCUGUGAAGCUUGCGCGAUCUUUCGUACAACCUGGGGAUGCCGUGAUUCUUAGUCCGGGAUGUGCGAGCUUUGACGAAUUCCAAAAUUUCGAGCACCGAGGUCUUGUAUUUUCAGAUCUUGCUAAGUCGACGGUCACCUGAGUAGGGGAAACUUUCGUGGAGAUAUGUGAUAUAUUGAGAAGUACCAGGUCACGUUUGUUGAAAGACGAUGAGCUGUCGGACAAAGAUCGGUCUCAGCUAUUUUGUACAAUCUCUGUUACCCUUGUUGGGGUUGAGAUGUUACUAUACGUAUAUUGAAGUAAAAGAGAAAUUAAGUUCC